AUCUUUAUAAUAAAAAACAUACCAAAAGGAAAAUCAAUAGAAAAUUCAAAGUGCUCUUGGAUCCAGAUCUUCUGUUAUUUCUCUAUAAACAAAACAUGGGCUUCUUCCCAAACAAACAAACACACUCCUGUUUUUCUUCUUCUUACUUGCAACUAUGCAUGCACCUACUAAAAAUCCUCCCUUUCUUUCUCCUUGUAAUCAUCAAAUUUUCUUCUUCUCAUUCUUUACCUUAAUAUUAUCUCUUUUCUUAUCUUCUUGUUAUUCUCUUGAUGUACAAAGUCAGGCUCUUUUAGCAUGGAAAGCUAGCUUAAACUCCUCUUCAGAUGCAUUAAGAUCAUGGAACUCUACAGAUUCAAGUCCUUGUCAUUGGUUCGGUGUACAUUGCGAUUCCAAUGAUCAAGUCACUGAGAUAGUCUUGAAAUCAGUAGAAUUACAAGGACCAUUGCCUUCAACUCUUCAACCACUCAAGUCUUUGAGUAAACUCAUUCUCUCAUCAGCCAAUCUCACUGGACCAAUCCCAAAAGAGCUCGGAGAGUGUACUGAGCUGAGUGUCAUAGACAUCAGUAAAAACUCUUUAGUAGGCAAAAUUCCGGUUGAGGUUUGCAGAUUGAGUAAGCUGAAAACUUUGGCACUCAAUACUAAUUUUCUUCAAGGUGAUAUUCCAUUAGACAUUGGAAAUCUUUCAAGCCUUGUCAAUCUUUUGCUCUUUGACAAUCAACUUAGUGGUGGAAUACCAAAGGGUAUUGAAAAUUUGAAGAAUCUUGAAGUUUUACGAGCAGGAGGGAAUCAAAAUAUUAAAGGGGAGCUUCCAUGGGAGAUUGGGAACUGUAGUAACUUGCUUGUGUUGGGCUUGGCAGAAACAAGUAUUUCUGGAAGUCUUCCUUUGUCGAUUGGAAAGCUGAGAAGAAUACAAACAAUAGCUAUGUACACAUCUCUAUUGUCUGGAUCAAUCCCAGAUGAGAUUGGAAACUGUAGUGAACUUCAGAAUCUCUACUUGUACCAGAAUUCCAUAUCUGGUUCAAUUCCAAGGCGAAUAGGGGAGCUUAGAAAGCUUCAGAGCCUGCUGCUAUGGCAAAACAAUAUAGUUGGCACAAUCCCUUUUGGGCUCGGAAGCUGCACUGAGCUAACAGUUAUUGAUAUCUCUGAAAAUCUUUUGACAGGCAGCAUUCCUACAAGUUUUAGAGCCUUAUCAGGACUUCAAGAACUUCAGCUGAGUGUCAAUCAGUUAUCAGGUAUCAUACCAACUGAGAUCAUAAAUUGCACAGCUCUUACUCAUGUGGAAAUUGAUAACAAUAAUAUUUCUGGGGAAAUUCCUUCUCUAAUAGGCAAACUAAAGAGCAUGACUCUUUUCUUUGCCUGGCAGAAUAAGCUAACAGGCAAUAUUCCAGAGUCAUUGUCUGAGUGUGAGAAUCUUGAAGCUCUUGAUCUUUCUUAUAACCAUCUUUUUGGUUCCAUACCAAGACAAAUAUUUGAUCUAAAAAAUCUUUCCAAACUGUUGCUCAUUUCCAAUGAUUUAUCGGGUUUUUUACCACCUGAGAUUGGAAAUUGCUCAAACUUGUACAGGUUUCGGGUUAGUGACAAUAGAUUGGCAGGUACUAUUCCACCCGAAAUUGGAAGUUUGAAAAGCCUCAAUUUUCUUGACAUGGGUAAAAAUAGAAUUGUUGGUGGAAUUCCUGCAUCAAUAUCUGGCUGUAAAAAUGUUGAGUUUCUUGAUCUUCAUUCCAAUGCACUUACUGGUUCUCUACCUGAUAGGCUUCCGAAAAGCUUACAGCUUCUAGACAUCUCAGACAACAUGCUUACAGGUCCAUUAGCUCCAACUCUUGGUUCUUUGACUGAACUAACAAAGCUUAAUCUUCGGAAGAAUCAACUUUCUGGCAGAGUUCCUGCACAGAUCCUAUCCUGCAGUAAGCUUCAGUUGUUAGAUCUUGGAAGCAACGGCUUUUCAGGGGAAAUACCCAAAGAAUUGGGUCAGAUUCAGUCACUUGAGAUUUCUCUCAAUCUUAGUUUUAAUCAAUUCACGGGUGAAAUUCCUACAGAGUUUGCUAGUUUAAAAAAGCUAGGAAUCAUUGACCUGUCCCACAACAAACUAACAGGAAACCUGGAAAAUCUGAAAAGCCUCGAAAAUCUUGUUUCUCUAAAUGUAUCAUUCAAUGACUUCUCAGGCUCAUUGCCUGAUACGUUAUUCUUUCAUGAACUUCCAGUGAAGGACCUAUCUGGAAAUCAAGCUCUGCACAUAUCUGAUGGAACUGCAGAAUUAGCUGACAGAAAAGGAGAAGCUGCCCAUGUGAAAACAAUGAUGAAGCUAACAAUGUUAAUCCUACUCAGUGCUAGUGUAGUGCUUGUACUAUUGGCUGUCUAUGUGUUAGUCAAGACGCGUAUGACAAGCAAUAGAAUGUUUGAAAAUGAAACUUGGGAACUGACAUUCUAUCAGAAGAUGGAACUGUCAGUGGAUGAUAUAAUACAGAAUCUAACUUCAGCUAAUGUGAUUGGUACUGGAAGCUCUGGAGUUGUCUACAGGGUGACAACUCCAAAUGGAGAAUCUCUAGCUGUGAAAAAGAUGUGGUCAUCAGAAGAAUCAGGAGCAUUCAGUUCUGAAAUUGGAACACUGAGUUCAAUCCGACACAGGAAUAUUGUCCGUCUUUUAGGUUGGGGUUCGAAUCAGACACUAAAGCUGCUGUUCUAUGAUUACCAUCCUAAUGGAAGCUUGAGUUCUCUCCUUCAUGGUGCUGGAAAGGGAGGCGCGGAAUGGGAAACUAGAUAUGAUAUCAUUCUUGGCAUUGCACAUGCACUUGCCUACUUGCACCAUGACUGUGUGCCUGCAAUCCUGCACGGGGAUGUCAAAGCUAUGAAUGUUCUACUAGGUACCUGUCUCGAGCCUUAUCUUGCUGACUUUGGGCUGGCUAAAGUUGUGAAUAACAGCAGUGAUGAUGAUUUUUCAAAGCAGAGUCAGAAACCUUACUUGGCUGGUUCUUACGGAUACAUGGCUCCUGAACACGCUUCAAUGCAACGGAUUACAGAAAAGAGUGAUGUCUACAGCUAUGGUGUGGUCCUUCUAGAGGUCUUGACAGGAAGACAUCCAUUGGACCCGACUCUGCCAAAGGGUGCACACUUGGUACAGUGGAUACGUGAGCACUUACAGAGUAAGAGCGACCCAAGUGACAUUCUGGAUCCAAAGCUCAGGGGAAGGCCUGAUCCUCAAAUACAUGAAAUGCUACAAAUACUAGCCGUUUCAUUUCUAUGCAUUAGUACACGUGCUAAUGACCGUCCACUGAUGAAAGAUGUUGUGGCAAUGCUCAAGGAAAUUCGUAGUGUAGAUCCUAUAAGGUCAGAUUCUGAUUUGAAACGAGGCGUCCCAACCCCUUCUCCAGCACCUCCAACUCGGAAAUUGGUCUUGCAAGGAUCGCCUAACUGUUCUUUUGCAUUCUCUGAUGAAUGAGCUUAUAAUCACGUUCUAUGCAAAAGUGUGCAUAUUUUCAUAGGAGUAUCCAAAUAGAAAAUGGCAGAAGACAAGUAUUAAGAGUUUUGCUCCCCUUGUUCGUAUUAGCUAGAAGAGUGACCUUUACUUUAUAUUUUUAGUUGAUUGACUUGGCUAUUUCCCUUAAAUAAAGACAUGUAUGAAAAUUACUAUUCCGUGAAGCUUGUAAAUAUGUUAUUGUAUCCGUAAUUAAGCAAAAAGAUUAUGACUUA